GCGACCUUUGUUUAUGGUCUGUCUAGUCCAAAAUAGAUCCCGACUGCUCGCUGUGAAAACUGAACCCCCUCUCGCUCGGAGCCUCGAUUCACUCGACAUCUUCUUGAACAUGAAUCCCGCUACAGCAGAUUGCCGCCGACACGUUUGCUCGGAGAGCGAAUUUCCACAGCGGAGGCGACAACAAGUGAGCUAGCUAGCUAGCUGCUCCGCCGCUAGCGUUGCCCGGUGACCGAUUAGCAUAACGCAGCGAGCCGAGCCGCUCGACGGUUAGCUAGAGAAGCGGAAGUAUUUCUUGGUGAGAAAAGACACCAGUCUCGGUUGAAUAAGCUAAAACUAUCACCGUGUUCAAUUGUUUCCCUCGUCUCAAGCUAUGACCAUGGCCUGUAGUUCCCUCAACACGGACGAGGGAUCCCCCGCGGCUCUGACAGACCUGUGCCUCACCUACGUCAGCCAGAACCUGGAGUGUUUCUGCGUGAAGCGCCCUGACGGCUCCCUGUGCUUCAGAGAGGCUGUGCUCUUCCCACAGGAGCUGGCGGACCAGCUGCUGGCCAAGAUGGCCACUGAAGGUCUGUUGAAUGACAGCACAGUGGGUGUAUUUCGGGACUGUGAAUACCUGCGGCUGAGACGAGCCUGCAUCCGCACAGCGCGUAUCUCCGCAGAGGCCUUCCAGAAAGCUCUCUGUCCCCACAGACUGUUAGAGCUGGAUGCUGCCAGGGUCAACGCGGACCUCACUGUUCAAUAUAUUCUACAGGGCCUGGCCACCAAUAAAUACUGCCAGGAAUCACUCCAGCGUCUUGGCUUAACGGGUCUCACCAUGUCCUCUCUGGAGGAACCUAUCGGGUUCAGCUCCCUCCGGGGCCUCCGCUCACUCUCUCUAGCCAACGUAGACUUCUACGACUCUGGGCUCGUCGACGUGUGUUCCCUGCCACGGCUGGAGAGUCUGGAUAUCUCCAACACCUCAAUCACCAACCUCGGUCCCCUGCUGGGCCUGAAGGAGCGACUGCGCUCACUAACACUGCACCAGCUCAAGAGGCUGGAAAUGAGCACUGCUCAGCUGCUGGGAGUCAUACACCAGUUGGUAGUAUUGCAGCACUUGGACAUCAGCGAUGAUAAGCAGUUUACCUCUGAUGUGGCUCAUCAGCUGCUGGGACAGCCAGGGAUCCUGCCCGCUCUGGUUUCCCUGGAUGUGUCGGGGAGGAAACAGGUCACGGAUGCAGCAGUUAAAGCUUUUGUUGAGGAGAGACCAGGGAUGACCUUUAUGGGACUUCUGGCCACAGAUGCAGGUUUUUCUGACUUCCUCUCUGGAGAAGGAAAUCUAAAGGUAACGGGCGAAGCCAACGAGACCCAGAUCUGUGAGGCACUGCGUCGCUACAGUGAGAGGGAGGGUUUUGUGAGAGAAGCCCUGUUUCAUCUGUUCAGCCUGACCCAUGUCAUGGAGAAGCCACGGCCGGACAUCCUGAAGCUGGUAGUUUUGGGUAUGAAGAAUCAUCCGGCCACUCUGAACGUCCAGCUGGCAGCGAGUGCCUGUGUGUUCAACCUGACAAAGCAGGACCUGGCAGCAGGGAUGCCAGUACGACUGUUGAGCACCGUCACUCAGCUCUUACUGGAGGCCAUGAGGACUUUCCCAAACCACCAGCAGCUGCAGAAGAACUGUCUGCUGUCCCUGUGCAGUGACCGCAUUUUGCAGGAGGUUCCAUUCAACAGGUUUGAAGCUGCCAAACUAGUCAUGCAGUGGCUCUGCAACCAUGAAGACCAGAACAUGCAGAGGAUGGCUGUGGCUAUCAUCUCCAUACUGGCCGCUAAGUUGUCCACAGAACAAACGGCUCAGCUGGGAGCAGAGCUGUUCAUAGUGAAGCAACUGCUCCACAUCGUGCGUCAGAAGGCUACUCAGGGCGUGGUGGAUGCCACGCUCAAAUUUACACUGAGCGCGCUCUGGAACCUCACCGAUGAGUCACCAACAACCUGCCGCCAUUUCAUCGAGAACCAGGGGCUGGACCUGUUUAUCAAAGUUUUAGAGUCCUUCCCCAAUGAGUCUUCUAUUCAGCAGAAGGUCCUCGGUCUGCUGAACAACAUAGCGGAGGUGGGGGAGCUGCACGUAGAGCUGAUGGUGCAGGGGUUCCUGGACCACAUCAGCAAGCUGCUGCACAGCCCAGAGGUUGAGGUCAGCUACUUUGCCGCAGGCAUCCUCGCACAUCUGACGUCUCGGGGAGAGGAGGCCUGGAUGCUCAGCUCCGAGCUCCGAUCGUCACUGCUGGAGCAACUGCAUGCUGUGAUUAUGAAUUGGCCCGCACCAGAGUGUGAAAUGGUGGCCUACAGGUCUUUUAACCCCUUCUUCCCUCUCCUGGAGUGCUUUCACACCCCCGGUGUGCAGCUGUGGGCAGCAUGGGCCAUGCAGCAUGUCUGCAGCAAGAACGCCGCUCGCUACUGCAGCAUGCUGUUGGAGGAGGGCGGCCUGCAGCAGCUGGAGCAGGUUCACACCCACCCACAGACCCACAGAGACGUCAAACUGCUGGCUGAGAGCAUCCUGGAGAGCCUGCAGCGCCACAGAGCCCGCACCGGCCAGCCAGCACACUCGCACACAAGUCGCCGCCUACCACCACAAUAACCGAACCGAG